AUGGAAGAAGAUGCUUCAAGCAUGAUUUCAAGUGCCAAUAAAAUGAAUGCAACAGCAGAAACUUCAGAUUCAAACAACACUUACUACACUUUGCUUGGAUGCAAGCGCAUGAGACACGAAAACAAUAAUAAUGCCUCCUCCUUAGCGAAAUUCAAAGGGGUUGUUCCUCAGCAGAAUGGACAUUGGGGUGCACAGAUAUAUGCCAAUCACCAGAGAAUUUGGCUUGGGACAUUUAAAUCUGAAAAGGAGGCAGCUAUGGCUUAUGAUAGCGCGGCAAUCAAGCUUCGUAGUGGGGAUUCACAUAGAAAUUUUCCAUGGACUGAAAGGACAGCUCAGGAGCCUGAAUUUCAAAAACAUUAUAGCACAGAAGCAGUGCUAAAUAUGAUCAGGGAUGGUUCUUAUCCAUCCAAAUUUGCUGCUUUUUUACGUACUCAAUCUCAAAGCAAAGAUAUGGGAUUUAGUCUCAAGCAAGCAAAGGUGCAUGGUGAUGGACAAUUUUCAUGUAGCCAACUUUUUCAAAAGGAAUUGACACCAAGCGAUGUAGGUAAGCUUAAUAGACUUGUUAUUCCAAAAAAAUAUGCUGUGAGAUACUUUCCUUACAUUUGUGAAAGUAUGGAAGAUAAUGCUGCUGCUGCUGCUGCUGAUGGUAAUGGUGUCGAUGACAUUGAGUUAGUAUUUUAUGACAAGUUAAUGAAGUCAUGGAAAUUUCGAUAUUGUUAUUGGAGGAGUAGCCAAAGUUUUGUGUUCACAAGAGGUUGGAAUAGAUUUGUGAAGGAGAAAAAAUUGAAGGCAAAUGAUAUAAUCACAUUUUAUAGUUGUGAACGUGGUGAAAAGGCAAAAGAGGGUGAAACAUUUUGUUUAAUUGAUGUAAUCUAUAAUGGGGGAGAGAGCAAGAAUUGUUUGGUUGAGGGGGUGAAUGAAGUUCAGCUGGAAUUGGAUUUAAAUUUGGGGAAAAUGUUCACCUAUAAAAUGGAUGAGGAUGACAAAAAAUUCAAGGAAGAGAAGAUUUUGAGUGUACUGGAUCCAAUUCAAAAAGUGGAUGACAAAGGUUUUAGGCUCUUUGGUGUAAAUAUCAACUGA